AUGCUUAUCCAGGUCGAAAAUGAAUCUCCGGAAAUACUAGUCAGAAGAUUUGCUGUACUGAAUGGUAAACGUCAGAGGUGUAGACCGAAGAGAAGGUGGGAAGAUUGCAUUAAAGCCGAUCUGAAGGGACUAGGUUUGGAUGGCGAACAAUGGAGAGAGACUAUACAAGAUGAUCUGACCAGGAUCAUCAAAUCUAUAUCCAGAUUUCCACCAAAAUCCAUUGAAGGAUCGCAUAGUCCCUUGGUAAAGACUAGGUACAACGCUAAGAGGCGUCACUGGAGGCGUACCAAGCUCAAGCUUUAAGUAUUUGAAGAAGUUGUGUGUUACAAUGGUUUCAAAUAACUACAUUAUAAGCUAAUAAAUUUUUUUUUUUAACUUUAGAAUUACAUUAUUUCUAAUUGCC